AUGAAGUGUAUCUUACGCUUAUUACAUGGGUCUUUUAGUUUUCGUGUCAAUAAUCACAUCCAAGCGUCAUUAUCUGUAAUAAAUGUAAAGAAAUUAACGAAAAAACCAAAUUUUAGCUGUGCUGUAAAACAGAAUUUUGUAGAAAAUCAAAUAACCUAUAAACUAAUAAUAACUACCGGUUCUAAAACAGCACCUCCACAAUUAAUCGGACGUGUUCAUAUCAUGUUGAUAGGUGGUAAUGGACAGUUAGGUCCAUUUGAAUUAACAAGAGCAAAAAUAUGGAAUAUACAACCGGGUACAACAGAUGUUGAUUAUAAUCAUAUCAGAGGUGAAUGGAUUUUGAAUGGUGAUAGUAAACAUUUGAAUGAUGCUAAAAAACAAAUUCAAGAAUUUUAUAAAGAUUUAGUUAUUAAUAUUGAAAAAGUAUCAUUAUAA